AUGGUGAGGAUGACAAAAAUGCCAAUUAAAUUAUUCAAGAAGACAUCACGUCGAAUAGUAUCAAGUUUAAUCUUAAACUUAUCACUAUCAUUAAUAUUCAUCGUAGCAUUAUACAAGAUAUACUUCAUCGAAUAUUAUAAUUCUAUGAGUCCCUUUGGUAAAUUUAUUACCAAGAAUGUUGAUAAAGAUUCAUCAUCAUCAGCGCGUGAAAAUAAUAAUACAACAAAGCAAAAGAAAAAUGUAAUAAGAAACAACAAUAAUAAUAAAUUUAAAGAAGAUUUAAAUUUAUACCCCACAUUAAACCAUUAUUAUAAUCAAUAUGGUAUUGAAAUUGAAGAAUUUCAAUUGGAAACAAAAGAUGGUUUCAUCAUUGAUUUAUGGCAUCUUAAAUCAAAGACUAAUUUCCAAUGUCAAAAUAAUAUUGGUCAAAAUUCUCCUGUUUUAAUGAUUCAUGGUCUACUUCAAAGUAGUGGUUCAUUUGCGUCUAAUGGUCAAAAUUCUUUAGCUUAUUAUAUGUUUAAUUCAGGAUUCGAUGUUUGGCUAGGUAAUAAUAGAUGUGGGUUUACACCAAAUUGGAAUCCAAAAUUAAUUCCAAAGAAGAAAAGAUGGGAUUGGGAUAUUAAUGAAAUGGUCAAUUACGAUUUACCGAUGUUAAUUGAUCACGUUUUGAAAGUGACUAAUUUUGAAAAACUUUCAAUAGUUUGUCAUUCUCAAGGUACUACUCAAGUGUUUUUAAAUUUAUUACAAGAUAAAGGAAAGGAUAAAAAUUGUGCACCAAUGAUUGAUAAGAUUGAAAAUGUCAUUGCAUUGGCUCCAGCAUUAUAUCCAGGCCCAAUAUUAAAUGAUCACCCAAUAUUUAAAUUGAUGUCCAUGGCAAUAGAUUCACCAGUAGUAUUUGGUGAAAAAAAUUUCAUUAAUAUCAUGAUGGUGGCAAGAAAAUUAUUUUUGGGGACCGCAUUCUUUGGAUUCAUUUGUUAUACAAUUUUUAAUUAUUUAUUUGGUUGGAAUGAUUUAUUAUGGGAUGAUGGCUUGAAAAAUAGACAUUUCCAAUUCUCUCCUGUUUUCGUCUCUGUCAAAUUAAUGCAAUGGUGGAUAAGUAGAGAUCCAAAUAAAAAAUCAUUUAUUAAAAAUUAUAAUGAUUUCUUCCCACAAUAUAAAAAAUGGUUUUCUAAACUUGGUGAUGAUGAUACAAAACAAAAAAUAAUACCAAACUUCUUAAUCUUUAUACCUGGUCAAGAUAAAUUAGUAGAUGGACAAAGAGUCAUUAAACAUUUUAGAAAUUUCGAAAAUGAAGCUUCAUAUAAAAUAUGGUACAUUGAAGAAUAUUCUCAUGUUGAUAUCCUUUGGGCAAAUGAUGUCUUGGAAAAAGUUGGUAGACCAAUUCUUCAAAACAUGAGACUAUCACAUAUUAAUAAUAAUAAUUCUGUACCAUCAACCGCCUCAGCCACCGCCACAGCUACCGCGGCGGUAUCUCCACCUGCAUCGCAGCAUUUAAAGGAAAGUCAUGACAAGCUUAAUUAA